AUGGCCAGCGACAACAACAUCUACGGGUACAAUCCCUCCAUUCCAGCUGCAGCCAUCUUCAUCGUCCUGUUUGGCGCUUCCACUGGCUUCCACGGCUACCAAUUGAUCAAAGCACGAGCUCUAUACUUUAUUCCUUUUGUUAUUGGGGGACUUUUCCAAGUUCUAGGCUAUAUUUUCCGUGCCGUCAGCCACAACGACACCGAUUCGGUCCCCAAAUAUGCCCUCCAGACGGUCCUCAUCCUGCUCGCUCCAGCCCUCUACGCGGCCUCCAUCUACAUGGUCCUGGGCCGACUGAUGAUCCACCUCGAUGCGCAAAAACUCAGUCUCGUGCGAGUCUCGUGGAUGACCAAGAUCUUCGUCACCGGCGAUGUCGUUUCCUUCCUGAUGCAGUGCGGCGGCGGCGGCCUCAUGUCCGGCGACGACCCCGACACCCGCAAACUCGGCGAAACGAUCACAAUCAUCGGCCUGAUCGUGCAAAUCGUCUUCUUCGGCUUCUUCCUGAUAACCUCUAUCAUCUUCCACAUCCGGAUAAACAAGAACCCUACUCUACCUUCACGGGAGGCACUCGCGACCUGGCACCGCGGCAACAUCACGGCGCGCAACUGGGUGACUCUGCUCUUUGCGCUGUAUACGGUGUCGGUGCUUAUCCUGGUGCGCUCGGUGUUUCGGCUGGUGGAGUUCAUUGAUGGGUAUGGCGGGUAUUUGAUGACGCAUGAGGUGUUUAUUUAUGUGUUUGAUGCGGUGCUCAUGGUUGUUGUGAUGGGGGUGCUGAAUUAUUGGCAUCCUUGUUUUGUUAUUCGUGGGGGGAGGGAGAAGGGGGGUCUCCCUAGGGAUUUUGAGGGUGUGCCUUUGCGGUAG